AUGGUGAUGAAUAUUCUGGUGACCGGCGGUGCUGGUUACAUCGGAAGUCACGCGGUGCUCCAGCUUCUCCUCCGCGGCUAUACAACCGUUGUCAUCGACAAUCUGGACAAUUCCUCUCUCGUUGCGAUCCAACGCGUCAAGGAGCUCGCCGGAGAUCAUGGAGAAAAUCUCACAUUUCACCAGGUGGACCUUUGCGACAAACCCGCGCUAGAGAGGGUUUUCUCCGAAUCAAAGUUUGAUGCAGUAAUGCAUUUCGCUGGACUGAAAGCAGUCGGAGAGAGCGUGGAGAAACCGCUUCUGUAUUACAACAAUAACUUGAUUGGCACUAUUACUCUUUUGGAAGUCAUGGCCGCUCACGCAUGUAAAAAGCUUGUAUUUUCUUCGUCGGCUACUGUAUAUGGAUGGCCAGAGGAAGGUCCUUGCACAGAAGAGUCCCCUUUGUCUGGAAUGAGUCCUUAUGCAAGAACAAAGGUGUUUAUUGAGGAGAUAUGCCGUGAUGUACAACGUGGUGAUCCUGAGUGGAGAAUCAUAAUGCUGAGAUACUUUAACCCAGUGGGAGGUCAUCCUAGUGGUCGCAUUGGUGAGGAUCCACGUGGGACCCCAAACAAUCUCAUGCCUUAUGUCCAGCAAGUUGUUGUUGGGAGGCUGCCUAACCUUAAGAUCUACGGUACUGACUAUACCACCAAAGAUGGCACCGGUGUACGAGACUAUAUUCAUGUUGUUGAUCUAGCUGAUGGCCAUAUAUCUGCGCUUCAGAAGCUAGAAGAUUCUGAGAUAGGUUGUGAGGUAUACAACCUGGGAACUGGGAAAGGAACAACGGUGUUGGAGAUGGUUGAUGCUUUUGAAAAGGCUUCUGGAAUGAAAAUCCCACUGGUGAAGGUUGGAAGGAGACCAGGUGAUGCAGAGACUGUCUAUGCGUCAACCGAUAAAGCUGAACGUGAACUCAACUGGAAGGCAAAUUAUGGAAUCGAAGAGAUGUGUAGGGACCAAUGGAACUGGGCAAGCAACAAUCCUUUCGGUUAUGGUGCUUCACCAGACACAACAUAG